CGGGAGGCACCAGCGAGGCCGCCAUGGCCAAGCAGUACAACACGAUGGAAUGCCCCUUCUGCGACGAAGUGUCCAAGUACGAGAAGCUGGCCAAGAUCGGCCAGGGCACCUUCGGUGAAGUCUUCAAGGCCAAGCACCGACAGACUGGCAAGAAGGUAGCCCUGAAGAAAGUGCUGAUGGAAAAUGAAAAGGAGGGGUUUCCCAUCACUGCCUUAAGGGAAAUCAAGAUUCUCCAGCUUCUCAAACAUGAGAAUGUGGUUAACCUCAUUGAGAUCUGUAGGACCAAAGCCUCUCCCUACAACCGCUGCAAAGGCAGCAUCUACCUGGUGUUUGAUUUCUGUGAACACGACCUUGCUGGGCUGCUGAGCAAUGCACACGUCAAGUUCACUCUGUCAGAGAUCAAGAAAGCGAUGCAAAUGCUGCUCAAUGGUCUCUACUACAUCCAUCGGAACAAGAUUUUGCAUCGAGACAUGAAACCUGCUAAUGUGCUCAUCACCCGGGAUGGGGUCCUGAAGUUGGCUGACUUUGGUUUGGCCCGGGCUUUCAGUCUGGUCAAGAACAGCCAGACAAACCGCUACACUAACAGAGUGGUGACGCUCUGGUACCGGCCCCCAGAGCUGCUGCUUGGAGAGCGUGACUAUGGCCCCCCAAUAGACCUUUGGGGUGCAGGCUGCAUCAUGGUUCAGAUGUGGACCCGUAGCCCUAUUAUGCAGGGUAACACGGAGCAGCACCAGCUGACCCUCAUCAGUCAGCUCUGUGGCUCCAUUACCCCAGAGGUGUGGCCCAAUGUGGAUAAAUAUGAGCUGUAUGAGAAACUGGACCUGCCUAAAGGACAGAAACGGAAGGUAAAAGAGCUACUCAAAGCCUACGUCAAGGACCCUAAUGCACUGGACCUAAUUGACAAACUGCUGGUACUGGACCCCACCCAGCGUAUUGACAGUGAUGAUGCUCUCAACCAUGACUUCUUCUGGUCAGAACCCAUGCCCUCGGACCUCAAGAACAUGCUCUCCACUCACAGCACUUCCAUGUUUGAGUACCUGGCUCCACCCCCACGGAGAGGUGGUGGGCACAUGCCCCAGCAGCCAGCCAAUCAGAGCCGAAACCCAGCAGCCACUAAUCAGACAGCGUUUGACAGAGUAUUCUAA